GUGCUUCACUGUUGGAUUUAUUCAAAGACUCAUGUUAUGUGUUCAAUUCAACGAUAAAACUGACCAGCAAACAAAAAAGCCAAGCUAACCAGUUCUCAAAGAAAAUAUGUCCACUUUUAGUUAACAACUUACAUUUGUUUGGUGUUCAUGUAAAGCAAAAUUACUGAGCGCUCUCUUUCUUACCAGUGCGAUGCGAUGGGAUUUAUUCAUUUUGUAAACAAUAGAGGACCCAGACUAGAACCCUGGGGAACUCCGACCUGGGUUCCAGACCGGGUAGAACCUUUCUGUGAGGAGUCUGCAUGUUCUCCCCAUGAAUUGUCUGUAGAAGAGAAUGUGAGCAUGAAUGGUUGUUUGUACCUAUGUGUCAGCCUACAUGUUGAUUUUCAGAUUUUUUCCCCUAUAUUUUAUCAUUUUUAUCCAAGUCUUUGACAUUAUUUCUUAGAUUUUCUACAGUAAUUCAGAUACAGUGUGAUUUUUCUACACCAAUUUGGCCAUAAUGCAAUGGUCAGAUAUUGUCUGAACACAAUAGGGAAAUUAUUGCAUUUACAUGUUGGAUUUAAGAUUUAAAAAAACAUUUUUUAAUUAUUUUCGCCUACAUUUUCCUUUAUUUUUUAUAUUUUUCUACCGUAUUGUAACUUAAGCAGUACAGUAAGCACAUAUUGUUAGCAAUAGCAACAUUAAUUAGCUCAUUGUUUAUUUUUAUUUUUGUCAUAGAGUAAAAUAAAUUCUUUGGGCCACAGAUUAAUGUAAAGAACACAUAAAUAUUCUGGUGCCAAAUAUCAACACAAGGUGUUAUUUGUUAUUCCUCACAGAGAGUUAUUAAUCCCAGGCAGGGACGGAGGUGGGACUGCAGUUUAAGCAAUAAAGCUGCAAGAGGUAUUAAAGGUUCUGCAGAUGUUGAGCUUUCCAGUGUUGGACCACCUGUUGUGUUUAAUCCCUGUUUAUACCUCCACUGUUUCACCGUGUCUUCAUAAAGGUGUCAUAGUGGAGUGACGUGGUUAUCCCCUUAAUCUUCAAGACAGCUGUCUGGAUUUAGGCAGCGAUGACCAUAAUCCCGUUUGGCACCUUGAGGGGCUGCCGGGGCGAACGCAGCGCAGAGUGACUCGAAGGCAAGACAGGAAGAGAAGAAGAAGAAGAAGAAGAAGUUUCAUCUUUAUGAGAGUGAGUUUAAAGGAUGGGGAAUACAAAGAGCAGCUCUUUGUCGAAGGAGCUCCUGGAGGAUCUGAAGUCCAACACCAAGUACUCCGAGGCCGAGCUGUGCACCUGGUACCAGUCGUUCCUGAAGGAGUGCCCCACCGGGAAGAUCACCAAGGAGCAGUUUGAGGGCAUCUACGCCAGCUUCUUCCCAAACGCAGACCCCAAAGAUUACGCUCGGCACGUCUUCAGGAGUUUUGACACCAAUUCCGAUGGAACGCUGGACUUUAAGGAGUACAUCGUCGCUCUCCACCUCACGUCCGGGGGAAAGACUCUGCAGAAGCUGGAGUGGGCCUUCGGCCUGUACGACGUGGACGGGAACGGAACCAUCAGCAACAAUGAAAUCCUAGAGAUUGUUAGGUCGAUAUUCAACAUGAUCCCCGUUGACGACCAGAAGAACCUCCCCGAGGACGAAAACACGCCGGAGAAGCGGGCCGCGAAAAUCUGGGAAUUCUUCGGGAAGAAGGAGAACGGUAACUUACAAUCCAUCCACUCUUUCUGUUUGAAAACAUUUCUUUACCUUCAUCUGUUGACGCUUCUCUUCUCUUCUCUUCUUGUUGUCUUUCCCUCAGAUAAAAUCUCCGAGGGAGAAUUCAUUCAGGGCGUGAUGGACAACAAGGAGAUCCUGCGGUUGAUACAAUACGAUGAGCCUCAGAAAAUUAAAGACAAGCUCAAAGAGAAGAAGCAAUAAUAAUAAUAAUAAUAAUAAUAAUAAUAAUAAUAAUAACAAUAAUCGGGUUUAAAUGUGUUUUUAAGACCGUUUUAUUUCUGUUUACAUCCUAACAUGUUACAGCUGCUUCUCUCUGCUUGACCCACAUUUCUCUCUUUUUUUGUUUUUUUAAGUCAUUCAUUUAUGGAUGUUUUGCAUUUUUUGUACCUAGAACGCGAUUAUUUAACCACAUUCAACACUGUAAAGCAAAGGAACUCUUGAAAUGGUAACGAAACUUGAAAUACUGACGCAUUUUCACUGUGGAUCUGUAUCAAACAUGUAGUAACAAUAUAUUAUAGUCACAUUAUAGUCAUUUUAAGUAAAUAUUUGUUAAAAACUGACACAAAGCGACCUUUCUUACCAUAAAAACACGAAUUAUACACCAGUGAUUGUGUGUUUUUUUGGGGGGAAAAGCAACUGAAACUCCGGCGAGUUGAGACCAGCUAACGUAGCGUUAGCCAGAGCUAAUUUACCCAAUUAUACGCCUAAUUUAUUGCUCUAACAUUAAUAACUGAGUUCUUAAUCAACAUCAGUUAGACAAAAGGUUAAUGUUAUAUCCAGUCCCAUCUCUGCAGCUAAAUUGAAAUUGUUUUAUAUUAAAUUUAAUGUCAACUUGUGCUAAUUUCAUUGUAAGAAGAGCUGAAGAAGAAAC